ACACAAUCAGGUUGCAAAGGUGGCUGAUAUGGUGGUGGUCGUUGGUGUCAGAAUCCAAAAUGCUCGUGGCGUGCCACCUCAUCAAUCAACAGCGGACCCAUUUGCCGUCCCUGAAGAUGAACAACAAUCAACAAUUGCGCUAUUCCCAAGAAAAGAACGACACCACGACCACCGCCGCCGCCUUCCCCCGCCAUGCCGACGGGCCAUCCCACGGCAGCCCUGGCGUAUUUAACGGCCGAUGCAAGUACAAGUCAGGGCGAUGUAUGAAUGAACGAACUCUCAAGGACAAUGGACUCCCCCAUACAUUGUGCGAAGAACACCGCGUGCUACACAACAAGAACCAGCGCAAGUCGGACACGAAACGAAGGCGGCUGCGCAAGGGCGUCCCGUAUGAACCUUCGCACGUAUUCCCUUCGUCCACGUCGUCCAUGCAACUGAUACACCACCACCACCUCGAGGAUUAUCGAUCUACCGCUAGCACAUACAGCUCCGACCAAGAAGAUGGUCACAUGAAUGACGACUUGUCCGACAACGACGAUGCAAGCUCUGACCCGUCCACUCCGUCGCAUUCCAGCAAACAAGCAUCCCCGAGCAUGAACUGGUCCGUGGAAGAGAUCUCGAUGCUGCACUCGAUCCUUGGCAUCCAAAACCACCCAAAACCACCCGCCUCUUCAUCUUGUUAGCGAUAUCUCCUCUUGUAAAAUAUAUCACCGAGUCCAUCGAAAAGCA